AUGUCGGCUCACGAACAAAUGAGGGCAAUGUUGGAUCAAUUGAUGGGUACAGCUCGUAAUGGCGAAACUGAUAGACAUGGAGUCAAAUUUUACGACGAUUCGGUAUGCAAAUCAUUUUUACUGCAGUGCUGUCCACAUGAAAUUUUAUCUUCAACGCGGAUGGAUUUAGGUGAGUGUCCAAAAAUACAUGAUCUGGCCCUUCGUGCGGAUUUUGAAUUAGCAUCGAAAACCAAAGAUUAUUUCUAUGACAUUGAUGCCACAGAACAUUUAGAGGCGUUUAUAGCCGAUUGUGACAAAAGAACAGCAGCAGCAAAGCAGCGUCUGGCUGAAACACAGGAAGAACUCUCAGCUGAAGUGACAGAGAAGGCCAAUGCAGUUCACGAGUUAGCUGAACAGAUCGGUCAGAAGUUGGCCCGUGCAGAAGCCCUCGGUGAAGAGGGUAUGGUCGAAGAGAGUGUCAAACUUAUGGGAGAGAUUGACGAAUUACGCAAGAAAAAGGCAGUAGCUGAACAGGAGUACCGUAAUUCGAUGCCAGCAUCUUCAUAUCAACAGCAAAAAUUAAGAGUUUGCGAAGUGUGUUCUGCAUAUCUAGGUAUUCAUGACAAUGACCGCAGACUUGCUGAUCAUUUUGGUGGAAAACUUCAUCUCGGAUUUAUUACAAUCCGAGAGAAACUUGCCGAACUUAAGAAAACCGUUGAGAAAAGGCGUGAGGAACGUGGUGCGUUUGAACGUGAACGCGGUGGAGGUCGACGUCACUACGUCGGUGGACGGGAACUAGAUCGCAGAGCGCGACGUCAUAGAGAAUCCGCCCGCGACAGAGACCGCGAACGUCCUAAAGACGGAGACCGAGACAAAGAACGCGAACGGGAACGAGAACGCGAGCGUGGGAAAGAACGCGAGAGGGACCGGGAUUUAGAACGCGAACGGGAAAGGAGGCGUAGUCGGUCCCGAAGCAGAAGCAAGCGCGAGAGUUCCCGCGAGAGGUCGCGCUGCUCAGAGCGCGAGCGAGACCGCGACUCGCGGCGCAGCAAGUCGCACCGCCGCUCCACCUCGCACGAGCGCAGGAGGGACUAG